AUGAUUAAAUCUGAAGAGAGGCUAUCUAUCUCUAUCUAUCUAUCUAUCUAUCUAUCUAUCUAUCUAUCUAUCUAUCUCACGGCGUUCAUUAUCUAUCUAUCUAUCUAUCUAUCUAUCUAUCUAUCUAUAUAUAUAUAUAUAUAUAUAUAUCCGUUCAUUAUCUAUCUAUCUAUCUAUUCUAUCUAUCUAUCUAUCUAUCUAUCUCAAGUCAACAUUAUCUAUCUAUCUAUCUAUCUAUCUAUCUAUCUAUCUCAAGCCGUUCACUAUCUAUCUAUCUAUCUAUCUAUCUAUCUAUCUAUCUAUCUAUCUAUCUAUCUAUCUAUCUAUCUCAAGCCGUUCAUUAUCUAUCUAUCUAUCUAUCUAUCUAUUUAUCUAUCUAUCUAUCUAUCUAUCUAUCUAUCUAUCUAUCUAUCUAUCCUUGUCUUCUAUUAUCUACUGUUUAAAUCUCACCGCGAUCCGAUCUCCCCCUCAGUUUAUUUCUUCUUUCCUCCUUCCUCGCUUCCGUUCUUUCUUUCUUUGUUCUUUCUGCCAAUCAAUUUGUUUCAAUAUGUCUGGUUCUUAUGUUACUCCAUUAAAACUUUCUCUCUAACAUAG